ACGGGCAAACUUUCUCUCCCGAGCAGGGCUGAUUUCCUAGGCUUUCUUUCCCUUCCCUCGGUAGCGCUCUGACGUGCACACCAUGUGACAGGCCUCCUGCUAUAAGCCGAGGAAAGGUCCGCCCUCUCCUGGACUCAGCCCUCGCCUCGCCGAGCUCGGUCCCUAGACUCUCACCCGUCCCGCACCGUCCCGGGCGCCCGACACUCUGACUUGCUCGCCCGGGGCCUCGCCACCCCCUCCUCACUGAUCGUGCGAGGCCCCGCUCCGCAAGGGGAAGGUCAAGUCCCCCCGCCUGGGACCGGUGCGCGCGGAGUCCAGCGAGUGCAGAGACCUUGCGGCUCUCGCGGCGGCGCAGGAGUUACAAAGUCGCGGCGCAAAAAGCCUCUGCCGCAGCCCGGCAGCUCCCGCGCAGCUCCAGCGGCGGCGGCGCCCCCAGCGUGGCGCCCCCGUGCCGGGCCCGCCGCCCGGGACCCGGGCUGGGGCGCGGCGGGAGCCCGGAGCCCGGCGCCCCUAUGCGCCGCCUCGCCGCUGCCGCGCUACAGCUAUGACCCUGAGCACGGAGAUGUCCGAUGCCUCCGGCCUCGCGGAGGAGACAGACAUCGACGUGGUAGGGGAGGGCGAGGACGAAGACGACGAGGAAGAGGACGACGACGAGGGCAGCGGCGGCGUGUCCCGCCUGGCGGUCCCCGCGCAGCGGCGGCGGCGGCGGCGCUCCUACGCCGGAGAGGACGAGCUGGAGGACCUGGAGGAGGAGCCCGCGGACGACGAUGACAUCCUGCCGUCUUCGCCCUCCCCCCCCCCUCCCCCUGCGCCGCCCCCGCCGCCGCACGGCGCGGCCGCGGAGCUGGCCCGGACCGCCUUCGGCUACCGGCCGCACCCGCUUGGCGCCGCCCUGCCCGCCCCCCUGCAGGCCUCGGCUGCCAAGGCCGGCGGCCCGGGCGCCUCGGCGCUGGCGCGCUCGCCCUUCUCCAUCGAGAGCAUCAUCGGAGGCAGCCUGGGCCCGGCCGCCGCCGCCGCCGCUGCGCAAGCAGCCGUCGCCGUGCAGGCCUCGCCUUCACCCUCUGCGGGGACCCCGUCCGCGCCCGCGCCGGGAUCCGGCGGCGGCGGCGGCGGCGGCGGCUGCGCGGCUCAGGCGGCCGUAGGCCCGGCCGCCGCGCUCACCCGCUCCCUCGUGGCCGCCGCGGCCGCCGCCGCCUCCUCGGUCUCCUCGUCCGCCGCGCUGGGGACUCUGCACCAAGGGACUGCCCUGUCCAGUGUCGAGAACUUUACUGCUAGGAUUUCAAAUUGUUAAUAACGCUAUGUUAGCGCGCUUGGGAAAGAGAAGGUAGGAAUCCCGGCUCUUUUUUUUUUUUUUUUUUCUUUCAUCUUGCUGGUUUGGCGUUUGGUACACUUCUCCCGGCGCGGCCCCUCCCGACCUCGCGCCCCCAUUUUCGCCGCUUGGGACUCUCAGACAAGACUGAGUUUGGCAGCAGCGGGGACGCGCUUUUUGGCUCUGCGGGUCCCUCUAUUUAUGCAAAGUCGCCCUAUGCUGCAGGCCCCGACCCGGGGUGCGGAGGAAGAGGGUACUGGUGGGGGCACUCCCUUGGCCUAGGCACAAGGGGCUUCCUUGACUUGUGGGAAACGUUUCUCUAAAAAAUCUAAGCCUUUUUGAGGUCUAGAGAUUCUCAGGUCCAGGCGUUAAAAAUAUCAGUAAUGUUCAAAAGAAUGAUACACAAACAGUAAAGGUCCUGAAGAGUGCCAGCGAAGCAAUAGUUUUUAUUUGAGGACACUUGUCUGGUGUACUUUUUCAUGAAAAGGAAAAAAUGAUUAACAUGUUUACACAAGGAAAAAAAGUCAAAAUUAUCAUUUCUUAUUUUAACCUGUGUUUUGUAUCAUAAUAGACAUGCGGAUUUUUUAUUUUGUACUUACUGCGUAUUCUUUACAAGGAGUAUUGUAAAUUUUACUGGCAAUUAUUAUUGUACUAUUCUAAUGUA